AUGGCGGACAGAUUCGCAGGAUUAUUAGCAAAAUGGUACGAGGGUCAGGGAGGAAGUACCGGUCAAACUGGUCAAGAUGGCGGCUAUGCACAGUUGCAGAAAGAAAUGGAGCAAAUGCUUGAUGAAUUAGGGAAAGAUAUGGAUGCGGGGACCAGCGACGCGGAUGUGGCGCGUGCGUGUGAAGGGGCGGGGGAUAAAUACCAGAGUGACAACGGAAGGAUUGUUCAAGACAAGGAAAUAUGUAAAACGCUUAUGAAAGCAUUAUAUUGGAUGAAUGGACGGAAGGGGGGGUCCACAGCAACACACGCGGUGGGUGGAGCAGGGGAGGAGGGUCCGAAGGAUUUGAAGGAAUAUUUAAGGUGUAUAGUAGGUUACAGUGCUAUGAUAAGACUCCUAAAAAAUAAAUGUGAAGUGGAGAAAAUUAUAGAAACUGUUGAAAAUGCUAAAGCGAGUGCAGCAGGGGGAGGGAAAGAAAUUAUUAAUGAAAAGUGCAAGGGUAUCAAAUAUGGGGAUAUUUCAUGGGGUUCCCAAAUUUUAGGGAAACCUCUGGCAGAUUGGGUACAGAAAUUGAACAGUAAGGAGAGAAUGAUGAGGUUAUACAUGGGUUGGGCACUGUGCCCGAAGAAGGGGACAUGGAAUCGUGGAAAAAUAGAGGAAGGUAAAGAUGAAAGUAAGGACAUUCUUCAAUUGUUAAGAGAAAAGAAGGCCGCGGAAUUACACGAAAAAGUUUAUCAGCAGGGGAGUUCGGCGUCUGCCCCCGGAAGUUCAACUUCACAGGAUAACAUAUUAAAAAAAGUUCUCAAGGAAGCAGCAUCAUGCACAUCGGGACCAGGAAAUGGUGGCAUGAAGAAGUGCCUAAAGGAAAAACUGGAAUUAGAAGUAGCUAAAGUAUGCAUGGAAGACAGCAACAACAAGUCAUUCUGUGAGCGUUUGCAAUGUGCAGAACAGCAUUGGCAAUUGACGAAGGAGGCGCAGCAGGGAAGCGGCAGCAGCAAGGAAUUCUGGAAGGACAGCGUCAAGGAGAAGCUGGACAAUCUCUUCACUAAUACGGCGGGAGGCAGUGGUGGCUCCACUUCUAACCAAUGCGACAACGUGCAAGACUUGGAUACUGCAAACAGAGCAGCAUGCAAUCACAUGGCAACACUGUUGAACAAGAUGAACACAACUCAAAAUGGGAGUAAUGACCCUAACGAACUGUCUAAUCAAAUUAUAAAAUGUCUUUUAUUAAAAGCAUAUGCUGAAGAAUUAAAAAAAAGAGCAAAGGAGAAAGGAUUUUGUAGCAUAGAUGAAGGGAUAAACGAAGCCCUCAAAACUGCUGCGAAUGGUAAUAAUGCCCUUUGCCAAUGGAAAGAGACCGAAUAUGACAGUUGCAAAAUAAACACAAAUGGCACCACCAAUGAGAAAGUAAAGGAAGAAGUGGUUAAAUUGUUCCCGCAGAACACCCAAACCAAGGACGACGGAAUACAAAAAACCUUGGCUAACUUCAAUGAGAACAAUGAGUUAUGUGAACGAGUAAAAUGUGCGGCGCAUUGGUGGAAAGAAAACAACAAGACGGGUGGACAGAACAACUUUUGGACAGAGAAUGGUGAUGUUAAGAAAUUGUGGGAUGAAUUGUCUGAGGCUAUAAAGACGAAAGGUACAGCAGAGAUUGGAGAAUGUAAUACAGUGGAUGGUCACAGAAUUGCCACUGACCCUGAAAGGAAGGCAUGCAAGUAUUUGUAUGCGGGCUUCAAACAACUGUACGAACCGGAUACUUCGUUUUCAACAGGAAACGAUGGCAUCCUAUCUACGAAAUACCCACCGUUGAGGCAAGCGAUGGGUUGUUUAUUAUUACAUGACUAUGCGAAACAUAUGAAAUACAAAGCUGUUUGUGAUAUUGAUAAAGGGAUAGAAAAAGCUUUCAGUUUAUGGCAGGACCCCCGCGAGAAAGCACCUGAUAAUUGCAAUGGCAGUGGCAAAACUUGUAUUCCAUGCAAAUGGGAAAGAAAUGAAAAGAAAUGGGAGGAAUGCAAAAUUAGCACAGAUAACACCGCAGUACAGAAGGAUGUAAAGGAGAAAUUGAUGGACAUCGUCAAGGACAACGACGACAAAAUAAAAGAAAUGGCGAAGGACGUAAAUAACAUGAAAUUCUGUGAUCGUGUCCAAUGUGUAGCGGCCCGAUGGAACAAACAGGAUAAAAGUGGCAAAGACACGGUUGAUCGUACUUGGAAGAAAGUGUGGGAAGGCGAUGACGGUGUAAGGAAGGAACUAAAGGAGCUCUCUGAGAAGAUAGAAACGAAGAAGGAGGAAGUUAAAUCCCACUGCCUACAUCUGGAGGAUAAUAAUGGAAAGGAUGCUUGCAUCCUUAUAGCAGCAGGAUUAAAGAGUGUCUACGACGUCAAUGACGGAAACGAAGUUGAAAAAUCAUUCAAAAGGACGAUGCAAUGUGUUCUAUUGAAUGCUAUUGCAGACAAAAUGAAGGAUGAUCUGCCAUGUAAAAAGGAAAGGAAUGUAGAGAAUGGAAUAAAUGAAGCUUUUGGGAAGAGUGCUACUAUUAAGAAUGCAAGUAACGACUGCAAUAAUGAUGGUGAUAAAUGUUUUAAGUGUGAGAGAUUUACCGACUACUCAAGUUGCACAAUAAAAGAAAGUGGCACUUCAGGGGCAGGAACGCAUUUGAAGUCCAAAAUUGACCCAAAGUUGGACGCUGAAUAUAAGGAUGAUAAUAGUUCCUUAUCAAAGUCUUCUCUAACGAAGACCAUAUGUAAACCGUGUGAAGAAAACAAGAGUAACAAAUGUAGUCGCUUGGAGUGUAUUGUGAAGAAAUGGGAAGAAAGGAAUAAAACAAAAUUAAAAGGAACGGCGUCCGCUACCUGGGAUGACAUGAAGGGUGACUUUGGAACAGAGUUAGAAGCACUGCUGAAAGACAUGAAUAACACUGAUAAGCAGAAUGACGUUGCCGACUACUGCAACGGCGGCAGCGGCGCCGGCUGGGAAGCCGGCGCUGCAAAAGAAGCUAAUAAGACGGCUUGCAAGAUGGUUGCAGCGGGGCUCCAACAUAUUUCGAAAAUUCAGGAAUCGUACUCCGGGGAACAGCAAAACCCUUAUGAUAACCAAGAGUUUAAACAAUUUGCUUCCUGUUUAAUGUUAAAAGCCGUCGUACAAAAAAUGAAAAAAGACAGCAAAAUUUGUGACAUAGACAUAGGGAUUAGGGCCGCUUUUGCAAAGGCAGGCAACAUUAAAAAGGACCAUUGCAGAAAUAAGACACCUUGCAUUGAAUGCAAAUUGACUGAAAAUUAUGAUGAUUGCUCCUUUGACCAAGAAAAAACGGACAAUGUAAAGGACAAAUUGAAUGAAUUACUCACAGAGAAGGGAGACGACGUCAAUGGAACCAUCGAGGACUUACUUAAAACAGACCAAAAAGAGGCAUCCCUAUGUUCUCGUCUCCAAUGUUUAGCAUCUCGAGUUCAGAUGGCCCAUGGCAAGAACAGUGCAGAGGACUUUUGGAAGAAGGAAGGCGAAGUCGCCAACUUAUGGAAAGAAUUGUCCGAAGCAAUGACGAAGACAAAUGGAACUGACCACACCGGAAGUGGAUGUGAGACAAUGGAAGAUGGUAGUGCCACUGGUGGCACCCCAGGUGCCACCCCUAGACAAGGAACUGGCCCUGAAAAAAGGGCAUGCCAACAUCUUACCUUAGGUUUCAACAAACUAAAACAAAAUCCAACGAAUGGAGGAAACUAUAACCUUCUUAAGAACCCACUGUUGAGACAAACAGUGGGUUGUUUCCUUCUUAAGGAAUAUGCAAAAAAAAUGAAAGACACAUCAACUUGUGUUAUCGAUUCCGGUUUAAAGAAGGCUUUUGGUUCAUGGAAUUCAAAUAUUAAUGUUACUUGCAAUGGUGGCAAGGAACCUUGUGUUCCUUGCCAAUGGAAUGAUGACAGCAUUGACCAAUGCAAAAUUAACACAACUAACGCAGAUGGGAGCAUAACCCAAACGGAAGUAACGCAAAAGUUAACAUUAGUUCAGCCCAAAAUUGACGAGACCGCAAAAGAGAACCUACCGAAAAUAAAUAAAAUGUCCACUUUAUGCGAUUAUAUUAGAUGUGCCGGACCCAAAUGGUUCAAAAACAAAAACGGGACUAGCGGUAACUCUAAGCACAGUUGGUGUCAAUUUUGGGAUGGCGCUGUUAAAGACGCACUUCAGAAUAUGUUCAACGAUAUCGCUGAAAAGGGAAAGAACAACAAGAAUGCUGCAUGCCAAGGCUUUGGUGAUGGUAAUGAACAUAGUGUUGAAAGAAAAGCAUGUAAUCAUAUCACAGCAGGGUUAGACUACAUUAACACUAUUACAGGUGAGGCUACCACUCAGAAUGGUCAUCAGGAUGAUGAUAAGUUUUUUAAACAAUCUAUGAUGUGCGCAGCACUUAACCUAUACGCAACUAAAAUAAGAAAAGAAAUGGAGAAUAGUUGUCCCAUUGAUGAGACGAAAAUAGAAGAAAUGUUCGAUAAAUGGAAUAAUAAAAAUAAUAAAAAUUCUUCGUCUUCGCCUCGGACUCCAUGUAAUGGUGCUAAUACUAAUGAUUGUUUUGUUUGCACAAGGCAAAAAGAAGACUUUAAUAAUUGCAACCUCCUCCUUGAUCAAGACUUAAUUGGAACAUCAACACCACCAGGUGCAAGUACAACUUGCAAUGAUAACGACGACAAGAACAAUAAAAAUGUCCCCCAAAAAAUGGACGAACUCCUCGAAAAGGAACCCAAAAUGGAACCAACAUUAGAGAAAAUAAAUGAAAUGAAAUCUUCUUUCUGUACUCAACUCCAAUGCGCAGCAAAAAAAUACUACGUAAAUGUCAUAAACAAAAAAGGACAAAGCAGCGAUGUGAACUGGAAUGCCUUGAAGACUGAAAUCGUGACGGAAUUAACAGCACUUUUAAAUAAUAUGAACGACGCUACAAAGCAGAAAGAAGUUGAACAAUACUGCAAAAACGACACUAAUUGGAAUAAUAAGGGCCAUACAGAAAGGCGAACAAAUAGAGCAGCUUGUUUGCAUUUUGCUUCAGGGUUAAAGCACAUUUAUACCCAUGGUAAUGGCCGUGUUAACGGCCCAUCGUUUGGACAAACGAUGGGUUGUUUAUUUCUUAAAGAGUAUGCAAAACAAUUGCAAAAAGUGGCAAAUGAUAAGAAAAGGGGAAAUAGUUGGGUACAUCCUCUUUGUGACAUAGAUGAGGGCAUAAACUACGCUUUUAAUGAAAGUAAAAAAAUUAUGGAAGAAACAUCUCCAUGCAAAGAUACUAAUGGUACUAAUGACUGUUUUGUCUGCAUACAAAAAGAAGACGAUUAUAAUAAUUGCAAAAUUGGCGAUGACAAUAUAGGAAAUAAAGCUAAAGAUCUGUUCAAAAACGAAUCGAAGCAAAAACUAAUGCAACAAACAUUAGAGAAUACAGUCUGUCCCAUCCUUAUUACGGAUCUUCUUACCCCUUUUCUUCCUUUGGCUCCUGUCUCUAUUGGUCUUUCUGCUAUGGCUUAUUACCUUUGGAAGUAUUUUGGUCCUCUUGGUAAAGGAGGACCACGUUUCAGAAGAUCUCCUGCUGAAAUACGCGGUCCAUCGGUGCAGGAACAAGUCCUUGAUCAUGUGGAAGAAGCUGGUCCACAUGAAUAUCAAUUGGUGAAGGAACGAAAACCUCGUUCUACUCCAACAAGAACAAAACGUUCUGGUCCCGUGAAUCGCCGCACUAUUAUUGAAAUUCAUUUUGAAGUGUUGGACGAAUGUCAAAAAGGGGACACACAAUUGAACCAAAAGGAUUUUCUGGAACUUUUGGUUCAAGAGUUUAUGGGAAGCGAAUUUAUGGAAGAAGAACAGGUUCCUAAGGAAGAAGUUCUUAUGGAAGGUGUUCCUAUGGAAAGUAUUCCAAUGGAACGUGUUCCAAGUUUAGGUUCCGUGUUUAUGGUUUAA